AUGAAUUUAUAAAAUUAUAACAGAGAAGGUCGUAAUUAUAAAACAGAGAGAGUUAGAUAGAUAUCACCCUCUUCAAAAUUAAUGCAUCUAAGCAAUUAAGAAAUAAGCUUUUAUGUUUCUAAAUAUGGAGAUCCUUAGGAAAAUACAAAAGAUUCUGAAAACACCAAAUACUUUAUGUCUUUAAUUUAACCAUUACUAGAAGAGAAUUACCAACUAAAAGACACUAUAUUAAAUCUUACCGAAGCUUUGAAAUGUAAUAUUGAUUUAAUUAUUUAGUGGAUAAAGAACUGCUCUUGGAAACAAUCAGUUAAAUAGUUAAAGAUAAAAAUUUGUCUUCUUCAAGCACAAUUAGUGAAAUUUUAGAAUAGUUGACAAUAAGUGUAAAAAAGGAUAGAGAUUAUACAAUAAAUUUAGAGAAAAUAAUAGAAUAAAAGAAUAUGUAGAUAUAAUAGUUGUAAGAAGAAAUUGAAAACUAUAAAAAAUGGAAAAUUGAUUUUAUUUAAGAAAAAAAUUUAGAAGUAGAAGUUAGAACAAGCAAUUUUUUUUUAAAAAUGUAGUAAUUAGAGGAAAACAAUACUGAAUUAAGUUAAAAGAAUAAUGAGACAUAAGAGUUAUUGAAUGCAGAAUAAUUAUACACAUAAAAAUUAAAUGAUUAAUUAUCGAAGUUUGCAGAUGACUUGAAUAAAGCUUAAUAAUAAAAAUAAGAGGUAUUAUUUUCAAAAAAAUUAGUUAUAAUUAUAACUAAGUAUUGCAGAAAGAUAAAUAUAUUAAGAAAAAUAAGAUAGUUAGAAGAGAUUAAAUGAUUAAAUAAGUUAAUUGCAUAAAGAUCAUUAUCAAUAGAUAGAAUAAUUGAAAAGUAAAUAUUGAAUUAAGCUUUAGUUGAAUAAAUGGGUAUUGUGAAUGAAUUCAAGAAAUAAAUAUUAGAUUAUUAAGAGGAGAUCAAAAAUUUAGAAUUAAGUUACACUGCUUCAUUAGAUAAAAACCUUAAUGAAAUUAAAGUAAAAUAAAUACUUAUUUUCAUAGAGACUUUAGUAAUAGUUAUAAGAUUCAGAAAAGCAAAUAUAAGUUUAUAAAAAAUAAGAAUUAGCAAAUUUAGACAAUUUAAGUAAAAUAAUGAUGGAAAAGAGAGAUAAAGAUUAAAAAUUAAAGAAUAUAAACCAAAUAAUUGUUGAGAAAGAUAAAUAAAUAGAUAAUUUAACUUUGGAUGUUUUGUAAUUAAAAUCUAAAUUAGAAUAAGCUGAGUUGAAAUGCACUUAGUAAAUUACAAAAUACAAGUAAAUAAUUUAAUUUAAUUAGAUAAAAAUAUAAAGAAAAAAUUUAAGUUAAGGUUAUUGAAGCUAAAAAAGAUUUAGAGUAAAAAAUUACAACAGUUGAAUAAGAGAAAAAAAAAUUGAGUGAAGAUUUUAAAUAAUAAAUAAUAAUAUUGGAUGUUUAAAAAACUUCAUUAGUAAAGGAAUGUAAAGCUGAUAAUGAAAAGUUGAGAGAUGAGAUUGAAGAUUUAGAAUUCAAAUUAAAAGAUUUAGAUAAUAUGUGGGAUUUCAAAUAUGCAAAGUUAAAAAUGGAAUAUGAUAGAUUAAAGCUGGAAAUAGCAUAAUAUUAAUGA